UUUUGUUUGUUUCAUAGCAAGUUUCUCAUUUAUGCCUGCCUGCUGCUUUUUUCUGUGUUGCUCUCCCUGCGUCUGGAUGACAAAAUUCAAUGGAGUUACUGGGCUGUAUUUGCUCCAAUAUGGCUCUGGAAGUUAAUGGUGAUUGUUGGUGCCUCAGUGGGAACAGGAGUAUGGGCCCGAAACCCGCAGUAUCGAGCAGAAGGAGAAACCUGUGUGGAGUUCAAAGCUAUGUUAAUUGCCGUGGGCAUCCACCUGCUGCUGCUGAUGUUUGAGGUUCUGGUGUGUGACAGGAUCGAAAGAGGAACCCAUUUCUGGCUUCUGGUCUUCAUGCCGUUAUUCUUUGUGUCUCCGGUGUCAGUUGCAGCUUGUGUGUGGGGAUUCCGACAUGACAGGUCUCUGGAGCUGGAAAUCUUGUGUUCAGUCAAUAUUCUACAAUUCAUCUUUAUUGCACUCAGGCUAGACGAGAUCAUCAGAUGGCCGUGGCUUGUUGUUUGUGUUCCACUGUGGAUCUUGAUGUCUUUUCUGUGUCUAGUAGUGCUCUACUACAUUGUAUGGUCUGUUCUGUUCUUGCGCUCCAUGGACGUGAUUGCUGAGCAAAGGAGGACACACAUAACGAUGGCGGUCAGCUGGAUGACAAUUGUAGUUCCACUGCUCACCUUUGAGAUCUUACUAGUACACAGACUGGAUGGGCAUAAUUCUUUUUCUUUUAUACCCAUAUUUGUUCCUCUCUGGCUUUCACUGAUAACUUUAAUGGCAACAACAUUUGGACAAAAAGGAGGAAAUCACUGGUGGUUUGGAAUUCGCAAAGACUUUUGCCAGUUCCUGCUUGAAAUUUUCCCAUUCUUACGAGAAUAUGGAAAUAUUUCUUAUGAUCUUCAUCAUGAAGAUAAUGAGGAAACAGAAGAAACACCACUGCCUGAACCACCAAAAAUUGCACCAAUGUUUCGAAAAAAGACUGGAGUGGUCAUUACACAGAGUCCUGGAAAAUACGUGAUUCCACCUCCCAAAUUAAACAUUGAUAUGCCAGAUUAAGAUGACAGUAGCACGUUAAACUUGAACUGGGAAUC